AUGCUCUCUGAGGACUCCAAAUCACCAGAUUUAGCAUGUGCAUUGAUAAGAGCAUUGCAUAAAUCAGGUGUUACAUACCGUGGGAGGUUCAUGGAUAAAGAAUUUAAUGAUGUUUAUCUUGUGACAACAUUAGCCCCAAUUCCAAUGGAAGCUUUUACUCUUCAGGGAUCUAAAGUCUUAGCUGUUAAAUAUAUCUCAGUUGAAGAGUACAAGCACCUACUUGUUAAAGGACACCCUGCAUAUGUACCCUACAAUUUGGAUGGACAAUAUGGGUACCAAGACAAUGUGGUAGAAAAGAUUUUGACUCUGCAAAAGAAGCUAAACCGUUAUGCUCCUGUCUCACUUGAUGUAGAGUUGACCGAGGAGGACAAGGAAGUUAUGGUUUUACUCAUUCAAGCCGGAAGAAUAAUAGAUGAUAUAUUCUAUAACCAGGUUUGGUACAGCAAUGCGUCCUUAAGGGAAUGGUUAAACCAGCAGAGUCAAUUAUCUGAGUUUGACAUGUUAAAAUGGAAGUAUUAUUUGAUAAAUAAGAGUCCAUGGUCUACUCUGGAUGAAAAUGAAGCUUUUGUAACGACUGCAGACUCGGCUAUGAAAUUGUUUUCCGGAAGCAACAAGGAAGGUGGUUGGCUGGAAAGGUGUUGA